AUGGACACAGUUGGGCCUUCUCUGCAAGGAGGCACCACAUUCAUGACCAAUGGGCUUCCCCACCACUUCAAAGGCCCCAGCAGCCUGGCCCAAGCUUCCCCCCUCACCUGUGUUCUCGGUUUCCUGAGAUCGUGUCAUUUAAGAAGCAGAAGCAGAGUCAGUGUGACUCUGGACCCAAGCACAGCCCAUCGUGACCUAACUCUGUCUAAAGAUCGAAGACAAGUGACUUACAAACGAUGCCACGAGAAUCUUGAGGCUUCUGCUGAGAGAUUUGAUGUUUUACCCUGUGUCCUGGGCUGUGAGGACUUUACUUCAGGAAGAUACUACUUCGAAGUGUCUGUUGAGAAUGCAACCACUUGGGAUGUGGGAGUCUGUGUAAAGGAUGUGCCAAGGGGCUUUGACAGGAAGAAGGAGCCUGAAUUUGGAUUCUGGACCAUCAGGAUGUGUAAAAAGGAUGGCCUUGGAGCUCUCACUUCUACCCCUACUUCCCUUCAUCUGAGUGAGAAGCCCCAGCUGGUGGGAGUUUUUCUAGACUAUGAGGCUGGGCUUGUAUUCUUCUACAAUGUGACCUUUGGCUCCCACAUCUUCACCUUCCCCAAGGCUUCCUUCCAGGAUACGCUGAUGUUGAAGAAAAAAGAAGUGCUAGAUGAAAGAGAGGUAUAAUGCCACGUAACAGAAUAUAGAUUAGUAUAAAUGGGACAAUUUAAGUUAUAAGAGUUAGUUGAGACAAACCUAAGCUAUAAGUCCAGCUUUCAUAGUUAAUAAGAAGUCUCUAUUUGGGAGCUGACUGGCAAGUCAAAGAAAGACUCAUUACACUUGAGGCCCUUUUUCCAGGUUUAUAAAGAUUCUCCUUUGUUCCUGCAUGCCAGAAAUGACCAAGGGAAGAGAUAACGUCCUCAUGGUUUAAGUAGCAUAGAAAAUACAUAAAUUCCAUAAGGCAGAAACUUCAAUGUUUUUCUUCACUGCUGUCCUGAUGUUUUUGAUGAACCUUCAAUAAAUGUGCAUUGAUUUGAUUGAUAGAAAGGCUAAAAAUACCAUAUAUGGUCAGCUUCAGGGAAAGGGAGACAACACAAUAGCGACAAUUAUAUCUUUUUUCUCCUUCUCUUUUGUGGGUUUUGAUUUCAUUACUCUUUAGGGUGAUGAUAAAGUGACCCCAAGGUCAAAGUUUUUGUUUCUCAACUGUAUUUGACGUCUAUCAACCUCCUGUGUGAAGGAUGAAUGAAUGACAAUGUCUGUUAACUGAAUAAAAGAAUAAGAACUCAAAGCAGCAUUAACUCAA